AGUCGUGUGUACAAUUGUUUAUGUGGUUAUAUACAUACAUACACACGCUAAUGCAACAAGUUAACCAGUUUAAAACAAUCACAGUUUAGGUUGAAUUUAUUAAUUAAUUCAGAAGAACUGAAUUAACUCAUCGGUGGACAUUUAUCCCAAUAAUAUAAUAUUUGACUGGGUUAUUAAAUGCUGCAGUUUUACAUAACAAGUUCUUUAAUUAAUUAAUUAAUUACGAAAUGAUGAUAUACAUGUACACAUUCUAAAGUCAAUUGCAUAAUGUAUAAUAAUUUACUACUGUAUUACAUAGUAUUAUUAUUAUCGAUAACGUUCUAUGAUGGCACAUUUAUUUAUACAUACCAACAUGCAACAACCAACGCGAAUAAACCAGUUCGUUUGAGAAGCAGAGUAAUUCAAACAAACCAAGCUUUCAAGGUUGACGAAUAUUCAUUGAAUAAAAUGCAGGAUGAUGAAGGAGAUUUAAAGCUUCCUAAAGAAUUCCCAGUACUUGAUACACUGAUAUCUGCUGAAGGAGAUAAAGAUCUAUCAGAGAGUAUAAAUUCAAAAUUAGAAGACUCAUCUUCAAGAUCUAACAUUUAUCACAAAAAUAAUAAUGAUAACCGAAAGAAUAAAAUGAAUGGUCAGCGUUUACCAAAAGAUUCUAGUCUACUUGAUUCAUAUUGGCCUAAUUCUAAUGUUGGAAACAUAUUUGACAUAGGAUGGGAUCCGAAUCCACCUAAAGAAACUGAUUCACAAGAGGAUUUAGUACAACCAGAUGAAACACAUUUAGAGGGUGUUCCAGUAUUUAUUCAGCAUCCUAAACCAUUGUAUUAUACAACAAAAAAUAAACCAGCUACAAUUGAAUGUGUCGCUGAACCAGUUUCACAUGCUGCUAUCAAAUGUGCUGAACAAACAAUACCAUACAAAGGUCCCGGUGAGUCCGGGAUAUUGGAGAUCCAAAAAUUGAACUCAGAUAAUUUACCGGAUCCAGAUGGCAAACGUUGGAAACUACGCUUGGAAGUCAGAGCUAAAGAUGUGGAAGAAUGGUUCGACACAUAUGUUUGUCAUUGUGAAGCGUGGAACAAAGUGGUUAAGCUACAAAGACCGAAAAAAGUUAUCAGCAAUACGACAGAAAUCAAAGAAGCAUAUUUAGACGAAAAAUUCCAAUUGGAACCAGUUUCAACAGAUUUAGCUGUCAGUAAACGUCUUGUGCUAACGUGCCUACCGCCUGAAGGAGAUCCAGAUCCUGAAGUUUAUUGGUUAAAAGAUGGAAAGCGUGUUGAUACUAAAUCGUUUCCACACAUUGUAAUUAAUGACUAUAAUCAUUUGAUUAUAGAGAAUACAACAACUUCAGACAGUGGAAAUUAUACAUGUGUAGCGGCCUGUCUCAAUGGUGAGAAAAGACGUGCAGUUGCUCGAGUCAAUAUUUUCCCCUACAAUUCCGCCAUGAAUCGACCGGUGGGUGGUGGUUUGACUAACUGGGGUGAGUGGGGAACAUGCUAUAAACUUACAGCAGAAGGAAAUAAUGCUCGAACAGUUUGUCAACAAACACGUUAUCGUAUAUGUGCCAGUCAAAUAACCUCAAAAACUGAAUUUAAAUCACUUGAUGUGAGUCAUCUAGUAACAGAUCAAUGUCCUUUGCCUUUAUUCCAGACAAGAAAUUGCUCUUCCAGUCAGUGUACCAAUCCCAUGAAUAACGUCGUUCUCAAGGGAGUUCACCUUUCAGAUAUGAAACCACCAACUACUACAUUAAAAAUAUCAAGUUCACCAAUGUUUAGAACUGAAGAAAUCGCAAUUUAUGUUGGUCUGUUUUUGUCUUUAGCUGUGCUACUAGCUGUUGUUGCUCUAAUAACUAGGCGAAAAAGUUUGAAAUUUUCUACAACUCGGGCAAUUCGUUAUUCUGCUUGUCUUCAUAGUAAACGUUCAUGUCGUCAAGAAAUAGCUAAUAAGAAAGCCCAAGACUUGCUAUUACCCAGUGACAUGACACAAACUACGAUUACAAUAAUGAAUCCAAGUGUGGCCGAUACGCAAAAUCAGGAGAUGAACAGAAUGAAACCAAAUUAUAAUAGUAACAAUAUAAACAGUAAAACGUUUGGAGUAAAUGUAAUAAACGGUGGAAUUAAUGGUAUAUUAUUUCAACACCAAUACAAUACUACUCCAGUCAAUAAUAUUCCCCUGAGUACAGCUGAACAGACUUUGGGCUUUCCUAACGGAACAUCUUUGGGGACAACAACGUCAAUUUUAGCAAACUUACCACCACCACCUGCACCACCACCCCCUCCUCCGACUCCACCACCACCACUACCUCUAUCUCUACCACCAAUUCCAACUACAUCAAUCAAUUUCGAUGGUAGUCACGGAGCAUCAGAUAUAUCCGGUUAUACUGGGUUUCCGAGUACCUUGCCAAGUACACAACAUUUUAUGAAUCCAGCAUCGUGUCAAAUAAGUGGAUAUUUGACCUCUGAUCCAUAUUUACAAACAAAUAUCGAGUUUAAUAACCAAAUGGUUAAUUCAGGGACUGAACCUACAUAUUUUGAAUCAGAAGUUGGGAUAUCCAGAACUACUUGUGGACCACACUUCUCAACACCUUUAGCUGUUAGCAAUUUAGGUGGUCCAAUCGAGAGUUCUUCUGAUCCUUCCACUGCAAAUACAGGUACAACUGUUACUGCAAUCGGAUCUUGCAAUGGAGGCAGUAGUACUGGAUCAGUAGGAUUGCCUUUAAAUAGAUGCCUAACAAACAUAAGUCCCAAUAACUAUAACAUAAAUUUUUUAAACGUGGAAAUUGAUGAGUGCAACGAGAAAUGUGAACCAGAAUCCGGGUUAUACCAUGAAUUAUCUUUAGACACAGUUUCAUCUGAUCGAUCUAUUUUAUGUGAAUUUAAUGAUCCUCUAGAAUUGAAUACAACUGUCCGUAAAACUAUAUCGUGCGAUGGUGACCAACUAGCUUUGCCACAAUCAGGUGUUUUCUUGACCAUACCACAAGGUGCACUGCAAUCGAAUUCACUCGUUGAAGUUUAUUUGGCAGUAUGUAGAGAAGAUAAACAUCGUCCUACAUUAGGUGAUCAUCAAACGUUACUAAGUCCCGUUAUUCAAUUUGGACCAGUGGGAUUAAAUCUGUCCAAACCUGUACUUUUAUCGUUUCCUCAUUGUGCUGAAUUAAAUCAAAGUAAUUGGUUAAUACGAGUCUUGGCAUUAGGACCGAAUUUGAAUCGUUCACCUAACAAUCUGAAUACAUCAAAUAUAAACGGAUAUAAAUGCAACUACAGUGCAUUACAUACAAAUCUUCAUAAUUUUAUAUGGCAGGAAGUGGGAAUAAUUGGUUAUGAAUCAAACGUUACUAAAUACAUUUGUCAUCUUGAUUCAAAUAUGGCACAUCUAAUGACUGAUGUUGCACGACGUUAUUGUCUAGUUGGUGAAACACAGAAACUUCUAGGCGGUAAUCGCUUAAUAUCAAAUCAUAAGUAUCUAAAUCAUACAGAAUUCCAAAAUUUUCCCAAUGGUAUCAGUACAAAUGGUUUGCAAAAUAUAAAUAUCACAAACUUUACUAAUAGCAAUAACAUUAUGACAGAUAGUACACAGGAUAGUGGAUUAUUAUCUGACAUUCAGCCUGCAACAAAAAUUUUGAAAUUGGCUGCAUUUUCCGGACCACUCACACCAACAAUUGACUAUAAUAUAAGAGUUUAUGUGCUAACUGAUACUAAAGAUGCAUUGGAACAUGUUUUAUACGUAGAAAAACGAUUAGAAGGAAGACUCUUAGAUGAUCCAAAGUCAUUAUUAUUCAAAGACAAUGGUGGAGGAUUGUGUUUUUGCAUUGAAGACAUUUCUCCUGGAUGGAGAAGCCGAUUACAAACUAAAUCACAGGAAAUACCAUUCCGGCAUAUCUGGAAUGGUACACAAAUGUCUACGCUGCACUGUGCAUUUUCACUUGAGCAUUUUGAUCCACGACAGCUAAAUGUGUCAUGUAAAAUUAAAGUUUAUCAAGAGAAUUCCCAAGUACAAGAACAAGUCUUAAAAAUUUCAAACCAAAAAUUUGAGGUAAAUGCGAUCAUUUGUCUGAUUUUUAGCAAAGUUAGUGUUUCACAUUUGUUCAAUAUAAGUAUGCAUAAGAUAUUGUUCACAGGCUAAAGGAAUUUCUGGUACUAUAGGACUUUAUAUGGUAGAAUUCGGCUGCAUAAAACAGUUUGCUUUGAAUUUACUUCAAAUCGUUAAAAGAUAUCUUUAUUUCAAACAGGAAAGUGAAAUAGCAUUGUUACUUUUAUACAUAUUAAUGUAUGUAAUAAAAAAAUGAAGAAUUAUGGUCUUAACGCUAUGAGAAUACACUCUUUUUCGUCGAAGAGUUCUGUGAGCUAAUCGCUUGUCUGAAAUGUUCUAUAUUCUUAUUUGCUCGGCGAAAUAAAUAACUCAAAAUAAUAAUUUUUGUGCAUUUGUCAUUUUGUUUUUGUCAAGAUAACCACCUUGGGUACAUAAAGACCCUCUCCUAAAGUUACUGCUAUACACUGGACAUGACUGAAUAAGUAUUUCUUUCCUUAAGGGCCCCAUAAUAUGGAAACCGCUAAAUAAUAAUUUUGCCAGAUCCAAUUCUGUUUGCGUAAUAAUGAAAUGUGGUUGUUGCAUUCAUUUAAUUAGAUUUUGUUUCAUUCCAAAGCAGACUUAUACCCAAUAUGAUUUUUUGUGCGACAAGUUUAAAGACGUAUACGUUUCGGAGAUUUUUCAACCGGGAAUGAUUGAUGCAUCGUUCAGAUGUUCUAAAUAAAUCUACGUAAAUGUUUUUACGUUGGAAGCAUUACGAUGUCAAGUUAAGACAGAAAACAUACCCAGAAUAAAUAUUAUAAUAUUUGAGAAGAACAUACAAACUGUCUGUUGACUGUACACUUCCGAACACUUGAUCUGAAUAAAUCCUUACAGAUUUUACUACUAACUUUCUUGAACAAAGAAUAACUUUAAACCAUUCAAAUUUUUCCCAGCUGAAAACCGAACAUCCAAGAACAAGAUUCUUCAGUUCCGAAGACCGUAGUUCAGAUAUUCGCUCUUUCACAAGUCCGUAUCGACUUCCUGUAGUGACUACUCAAAGACUGUGUAAACUGUUGGACACGAAAGAGGGUGAAUGGCAAAAACUAGCAAAACAUAUGGGAAUGGAGAGGUAUAUUUUUUAUCUGAAAUCACAACCAAGUCCAACAACAGUUCUUUUAAAUAUGUGGGAGGCUUGUAAUCGUGAUGAACCAUGUGUGAAUGAAUUAAAAGCUAUAUUCUCCGCCAUGGAUCGAGCAGACUGCGUAAACCUAUUAGAAUGAUUAAUAAAUAAAGAAAACUGUCAUCCUUAAUUGCAAAAACAAUAAUAAUUGAAAUAGAAAUAUAUAUAAUUACAAAUACAUACGACAAACAGAUACAUUACCUUGAAGAGAUGAUACAUUUCCAAAAUACAUAUCUUUAAUUAUGAUUUUAUUAACUUCGGAGUUCUAGUGCAUUUAGAAAUAGUAAUGCGCUGCAUUCUAAGGUUUUACCUGGUACACAGUUAACAAUACUUUCUGCAUCAAACAAAUAUAUAUCAUUAUGAUAAUGCAAAUAAUAUGAGUAACGGUUACUAAAAUUCAGCAAGCUGUUGACAAGUCUUUCCUUAUAUCCAAUGUUCACUGUAAAUGAUUAAUUUCUACACUGAUUUGUACUGCCCAUGGGUUGUUUAUAACUGGUAAUAAAUUGGAAAUACCAAAAUACACAUCAAAAGUAAUUCAAUCAAAUAAAUUAACGUUCAGACAUACCGUACCAUAACAUGGAAACUCAGCGUUAUAUUACGGACAAAUCAAAGAAAUUGCAUUUAAUUUUCACAACAACUUGUGAUGUUGAUUAGAGUCUGUACCCUAUAAACGUUGAAUAAAAACAUAAAUAAUUAUACAAGUAUUCGGAUUGGAAAAAAUUCAGCAAUGUCCUUGUAUUAAUACACGAAACAUUUUUUUAAUUCGCUUAAGCACCGAGUUACAUUUCUCCAUGUACGGCCUGUUAAUUGACCGCUUGUAAGUGGUCGCUAAUAUAAUACUCAUGAUUUGUACAUAAAUCAGUUUCGAAGUAAAGAAAUCAUCAUGAAUACAUCAAUUGUGAAUAUAUGAGAAUUUAUAAAGUUCCAUUUUUUUAUUAGAUGGUUUUCCUUUAUAUUUCUUAGGUUGAAUUUUAAAAUGCGUUACAGAUUCUAGUUUCUUUUGUGCACUACUCUAAUUGUAAGUGGUAUAGUAAAAGAUAGGAGUGAAGAGUGACCUCAAUUAUGACUUGUUGUAGAUAAAGGGUGUAGGAGGGACAUACUGUUACUGCCUUGAAUUAAAUAAUAAACAAGCAUGUCAUGGUUUUUUCGUUGGAGAAAUACCUCACAUUUUUGAAACUGAAUAAUAUGCCGUCUAUUUGAUUCUAAAAUGUAUAUCAUACAAUUUCUCGGUAUCGAAUUUCAAGUAGUUUGAUGCUAAUGUGAUGUCCUUUCAUUAGUUUGAUAUCCAUAAAUACUAUUUUUAAUGUAAAUCAAAAAUUUUGGAUGAUCUGGUUUCAGCGGAGUUCCAGUUAGAUCCUAGGAUUCAAAAAUGUAAUGGAUAAUGAUUUUUUUAACUAUCCUUAUACUUAAUGAAAAUAAUGAUAGGGACUGUUUAUACAAUACUUUUAGACAAUCUUUUCCAGCUACACAGUUAUAGUAACAAAAUUUAGUUAGUAAUCUGAAUUUAAGAUAUUUUGAAACUAUAUAUAUAUAUGCUGUGGACUUGUAGUAUUUCAGUAAACAGUAAGUUUUGGUGGUACUGCAGUACAUUGCAUUUGCUAUUUAUCUAUGUUACGUCAGUCUUCUAAAUAUGAGCCAAUGAGAUUUAUUAGUUAAUUGUUUUUUUUCUCAAUAAGUAGGUUUAGCACCCACAAAGAUGAAAACCAUAGAUAUAACUGAGCUUCUGUCAUAUAUGUAAGGAAAAUAAUUUUUCAGAUCCCAGGUUAUUAACAGUUUCACUGAGAUUAUCCCACGAGAGCUAAAUGCUUUACUUUAACCUGGUAAACGGGUAAUAGCAUUUGAUUAAGAAGAAGUGAAUUAGAUUUCACUUGCAUUCCUUUUCAAAUGUCAUACUGAUUUAUCUCUGAGUUUUAGUAUAGCUACAUGAUUUGUUUUUUAAUACGAUACAAUUAGUCGGAUUUAAAAAGCAUUUUAUGAUGAAGAGAUUACCACCAUGACCAUCUACACAAGUAGUCCUGUGACUACUGAAAAUUUCUUAUGAUUCUUUACAAAGAUCUGUUCACUCUCAAAAACAAAGCUAAAUUUCAUAAAAAUGUUCAAGUAAACUAAAGAAAUUUGCAAUCUAUAGCUAAAGGUAAGAAUUUGAUGAUUAGUCAUGGAUCCAUUUAAGGGAAAUGUUUCAUGACUAUAUGCUCAAACAAUAUUGUGAAUAUACAAAUACACAAAUAUAUUUAGGCUGAACUCUCUGCUUCUUUACUUGAGAAAGCUGACUCAUUCAAAUGAAUUUAGUGAAAUUCUUAAAAAGGAUAGACAGAAAAAAUGUUUCCUGCUUAAAAGUUGUUUUAGUUAAUUACCCACGAUUAAAA